AAGAUAACAUUGACCCAGAAGCUGAAUUAAAAAAAAUAAUAAAAGAUAGUAAUAUCCUAAUUGCAGAAACUUUACAAGAACUAAUCAAUGAUAAAUCUAAUAGCAGUAAUACUAAAAUACAAGAAAUUAUAAACAUACUAAUUAAUCAUACACAAACCCAUUUUAAUACACAAUUAUUAUAUGUUUUUGAAGAAAAGAAUAGUUUUCUUAAAUUUGUAUUGCUUUCUAAUACCUAUCAUGACUAG